AUGGCUGCACAAAUUGAUGUAUCAAAGUUAAAUUCAUUAUCACCAGAAAUCAUCAUCAACCAAAGUACAAUCAACAUUGGCACAAUCGGACAUGUCGCUCAUGGUAAAUCUACAGUUGUUUACGCUAUCUCUGGCGAAUCAACAAUUCGCUGGAAGAAAGAACUCGAACGUAACAUUACAAUUCGUCUCGGUUAUGCUAAUGCUAAAAUUUAUAAAUGCCCUCAAUGCCCAGCACCACAAUGCUAUAUCUCCAGGAACUCUGAAAUUCUUACAGAUCCAAGAUGCCCACAUUGCAGCUCACCAAUCGAACUUAUCCGUCACGUAUCUUUCGUCGAUUGCCCUGGACACGAUGUCCUUAUGGCUACUAUGCUCAAUGGUACAGCAGUUAUGGAUGCUGCCCUUCUUCUUAUUGCUGCUAACGAACACUGCCCACAGCCACAGACUUGCGAGCACCUUGCUGCUGUCGAAAUCAUGAAUCUUAAGCAUAUCAUUAUUCUUCAGAACAAGAUCGAUCUUGUUCGUCAGGAUGAAGCUGCCGAUCAAUACCAAGCUAUUCUCAAGUACACAGCUACAACAGCUGCUCGUGGAUCCCCAGUUAUCCCAAUUUCCGCCCAACUUACAUUCGGUGUCGAUGCUGCUGUCGAGCGUAUUGUCGAGACAAUCCCAAUCCCAGUCCGUGACUACUCAGCUAGCGCUCGUAUGGUUGUUAUCAGAUCUUUCGAUAUUAACAAGCCAGGUACAGAUGUUCGCCAGCUUGAAGGUGGUGUCGCAGGUGGCUCCAUCCUUGUCGGCUGCCUCCGCGUCGGCGAAGAGAUCGAAAUCAGACCAGGCCAACUUAUUAGAGAUGAAGACGGCAAACAGGUCUGCCAGGUCCGCCGUGCUAGAAUUACAUCACUCAAGGCCGAUCAUAACCCAUUACAGUUCGCUGUCCCUGGUGGUCUUAUCGGUAUCAAGACAACUCUCGAUCCAUCACUCUGCCGUGCAGAUCGUCUUGCUGGCCAGGUUAUUGGCCAACCAGGAACACUUCCAGAAGUUUACAUUCAACUUUCUGUUUCAUUCAGACUUUUACAUAUGCUUCUCGGCGUCGUCAACGCCAAGAGCGCCGCCGAUACAAAGAUUACAGCCCUCAAGCUUAAGGAGGUCCUCAUGGUCAACGUCGGCUCUACAUCUACUGGUGCACAGGUCAUAGGUAUCAAGGAUCAGUAUGCUAUCCUUUCCCUUAGAGAAGCUGUUUGCACCAAGAUCGGAGAAAGAAUCGCUCUCUCCAGAAAGAUUGAAAGAACUUGGAGACUUAUCGGCUGGGCUAGAAUCCUUAAGGGUGAGACUAUCCCAACUAUUGAACCAUAA